AUGAAUGAAAAUGAAGUAAAGUCAUUGUUUAAUCAAAUUCAGUUGUUAUAUGGAGCUAAUUGGAAAUACGAACACCCUUUAGAAAUUAGGUGUAUUGGAGUUAAUGGAAAGCUUAAAGAAUUAAUUAAUAAAAGAGAAGCACACAAAUGGAAAUUAAUAACGUUUGAAGAAAAAAAAAUUGAAGAAAUUAAAAAUGAAGUUCAGUGUGUUUAUCUUGCAGCAGAGAGUGAAACAGUUAUUGACAAUUUUAAUAAAGAAAUAAAUUAUGUAAUUGGAGGGAUUGUUGACCAUAAUAAAUUUAAACGGCUAUGUGAAAAUAAAGCAAAUUCAUUAAAUAUUUCAACAGCUCGACUACCAAUAGAACAACAUAUUGAAUGUAUUGGAAGAAAGGUGUUAACAGUAAAUCAAGUUUUUGAAAUUAUAGGUGAACAAUGUCAAACGAAUAACUGGGAUAAUACGAUACAAAAAAUACUCCCACAAAGGAAACAAGAAAUACCACCCAAAAAUGAACCAAAAAGUGAUGAAGAGCUUUCAUUGUAA